ACCUGACGAUUCCUGCAGGGAAACACUGAAGUACUGUAAACAGUCAACCGUCUGCCUACCUGUACUGAUCCCCUGUCUGACAUCACAUCACUAUGCUCAACAGGAACGUUGUUCUUCUGUUCUCUCUGUUCAUCGUGCUGGUUGAGGGAGACAUCGACUCCAGCGAUGCUGGAAUACAUGCCACAUCGACAGACAAAGAUUCUACAUCUGAUGAAGCUCCUACAGAGAGCAUAAACGCCAUCUAUCCUGAUCAUCCUGAUGAAUCACAUUAUUACGGAGGAGGACCUUCAGACGUCAGCAGCUCAAGUUCACAGGCAGCAGACCUUCCAGUAAUCAACCGUAUAAAGGCACCUGAACCUGCUGUAGCUGCUCCAAACAGUGUGGAAGAGGAAGAUGAUGACUCUGAAGAAUCAGGGAAGAAAAAGUCCAGCUCUCGUUUGGCUAAACCGCGGAACUCCGCCCUCAACCACCAGAGUCCCGACCAUGCCAUUGAAAGCCCCGCCCUCCCACCACAGCCGGUAAUCCCUCAGCCGGUAAUCCCUCAGCCCAUCAUCCCUCAGCCCAAAACCCCGGUGAGGAGCCGAACGUCUAAGAGACGAUCCAGGAACAACCGCCGCCAGAUAUAGAACAUCAGCAGUCACAGUUAGAACACAAUGUUAAACCAAAUAAAACCCAAACGCACACAGAUCUGUCACAUGAUUAACGCAGACUCAUACCACACAUGAACUCACUUGAACACUCACAGCAGGUUGACAUUUACCUUCAAUUCGCUAGAAUCACCAAGCCAUUGAUUUAUUCCAGGGUUGAGUGAAACUGCUGUCCAGAAUCCAGGGGUCAUAUUCAUUAUAUACUACAGGUAAACUCCACGGAAAAAAGUAUUGGUCCACUUAGACUCUUAAGGUGUUUUAAAAUAUUUAACAUUAUUAUUGUGCUCUGAAUCAGAAGUUGUAAAAAUUUGGCUUACAAAAAACAAAUACACAAAAGACACGAUGUCUUUUCUUUUCACACAGAAAAAAUUCAGAGCAAACCAAAAUUUGUCAAACCGCGUGACAACCUUGGCAGUCUGCUUGUCUGCCAGAUGUUUGGGGCAGGAGCAAGAAAUGUAAGAACAGGAAGAAGGUUUUGGGUUCUUGCCCAGUGAUUAACAUGGGGAACUUGGAUUAAUUUUACGGCUAGGUGCUUGAUUGACUGUAUGUUUACUCUGUGUAAGGAGGAAAACGAAACAGAGAUCAAUUUAACUGGAAUGAACACAGCAGGUGUGAAAAUCUUCAUCUUUUUAAUUCAGGUGUUUUCAAUUCCGUUAUCACAGGUGUAUGUAAUCUAACAUCUAGCCAUGCAAUCUGCCUUUACAAACAUUUGUGAAAGAAUGGCUCAUUCCAAAGAACUGAAUUUAAGUAUGCCACUACAUCAGGAUACCACAUUUGCAACAAGUCAGAAUUUCUUCCCUUUAGAUGUUCUGUGUCAUCUGUAAUGUACUACUGUUAUUGCAAAGUGGAAGCAUUUAAGAACCACAGCAGGUCAACCAUGAAGUGUCAGACCAAGUUUUAUCUUUGGCCCUAAUGUAUUUCAUUAGCUUUGACCCCUGGAUCAAGCAGACCUCGGAGUAUUAAACCUGCUCUUUGUUGUUUUUAUUCUUUCUUUUAUAUGUGUGUUCCUGAAACAUUUAAACAUUUGUGAUGGGAAUUUCUUUUGAUUGUUUCAUUUAUCAGAUUUAAAUAAAGUUAAA